AUGCGCAUCGCCACAGUCCUCUCACUAUUUGCAACUGCUGCUCUGGUUGCUGCUCAAAAUGCUAUUGGAGCAACCGCGACCGAGCCAAUCUUUAUCACCAGCCCAGUGGCGGCCACAGAUAACCUUCAUGCCGGAAAGCACCUGGUUAUCGAAUGGAACUCCCAUCCAAGCGCCCCGGAGAUGGUUGACAUUGAAUUGCUCCAAAACUUUGUCGUGAAAGAAAACAUUGGCAAAGUCAAGUCUGACUCUCAUCGGUUUAAUUGGGCUAUCCCUGAUAACUUGAACUCUUCCAAGAAUUAUGCCAUUCGUAUUGGUAACUCCACAUACACAUCUUACUCUCACCCAUUCUCAAUCAAGGGUGAAGGUGCCUUCCCUGAAAAUGAACCUACAGCUCCCCCUAAUAGUGUCAUCGCUACAGCUGUUAUAAAUACCGCUGCAAGCACAGCUAGUGGAAGUGUCCUCGAAAUGGCCUCUUCUGCUAAACCCAUGUCCUCCAUUUCUUCAACUGCCUCUGCCUCCUCCACCUCUGCCGCCGCUACUGCCACUGCUUCACAGUCCGGCGGUUCUUCAAGCAAACUAGCUGGUGCCAGUUUAGUUGGUGCCGCUGCUGCAGGCGCUGCUGUUGUUGCCUUUAUAUUGUAA